GUAUAUCAUACUAGACAAAAAUAUAAGAACACCUUCAGAAACUGUCUUGAUAGUCUGUGUUAUUGGAAUUAGAAAGCAGUUGCACAUUUUGCUCUACAUCAAAUUUAUAUUUUUGACUUGACAACAUAUCGGUCUUUGUCUGGGAGUUUUUUUUAAGUAACCCAACACCACAUUUUCUCAUAAUGAUAUUAAGGUUUUUGCCAGAAUUUCUUGAUGCGAGAACAAUGGAAAGAAAGGUUUAAGACUGUUUCUGAAUAUUCAGCACUGAAAGCGUAUACGUGUAGCCUAUGUGUUUAUGUAAACAUUAGUUUGUAUAAUAUAAAUGGCUCACUUAUAUUUCUUUUUUUAAUUGACAAAAUGUAAUAUACAAAAAAAUUCAGGUAAACAUCAGAAAACUUUCUUCUGUUGAGUUUUUGACAGUAGGUUUUGGUUUUGACAGUGGAUGCAUGUUUUUCACUCUGAUGACGUGUCGAAGUAGCAAUUUCCCAGACUGCUUUGCGGCCUGACGGCCCACGUCAUCGCUGCGCAGCCGCAGAGGUCUCGCACCAGUGAGCUGAGGUGGACUUCUUCCCUUCAUCGGUGUGAAAGGCACGGCGCCGUUGAGCGACUGGACCUCGGAAACAACACAAAACCUAUCUGACAGCCACGAUGACGCGUAUCGCCGCCUUCCUCGCCCUGCUGGUGGUCGCCUGCUCCGGAGAGAGCUGCACGGACCCAGUGAUCACCCCGUCGGCCUACACCACCUCUGACGCCGUCAUCUCCUCUGAGUCUGUCUUCAUCGUUGAACUCAGCCUGGUCUGUGCCAACGGAGCUCAGAGUGUGACUCUGUAUGCUGAUGUCAAUGGAAGACAGUUCCCUGUGACCAGAGGACAGGAUGUUGGCAAGUACCAGGUGUCCUGGAGUCUUCCUCACAAGCAGGCCAGCUCUGGAACAUAUCAGGUUAAAUUCUUUGAUGAGGAGUCCUACAGUGCCCUGCGCAAGGCCCAGAGAAACAAUGAAGAUGUAAAUGUCAUUCAGCCUCUCUUCUCUGUCAACAUUGACCACAGGGGUGCGUGGAACGGUCCAUGGGUGUCUACCGAGGUGGUGGCGGCCCUUAUGGGUAUCCUGGUCUACUACAUGGCCUACAGGGCGAAGAACACCAUCCAGGCAUAAACGAUUCACAAUCACUGGAUUGUUAAAGACUGAACUCUCGUGGAUCUCGGCCAACGGUCCAUCAUCCAUUGUUGUGGCAAGCCAAUAGGAUUUUGCCACUUGAUCUGCUUUGGGACAAGGAGCAAGAGCAGUAGUCUUAAAAUAUGUUUUAAUUCAGACUGUGUCUGUAUGCCAUCAGUCUUAUCAAUUUUUCAGAUGAAUUUCGUCACAAAUUUGUCCCGUCAAUGGAUGGAGUUUUGUAAACAUUUGUUUUCUUUUUUUUAUAAAGACAAACAAUAAACCUGGACCACAUAAAUAAACAAAACCGAUAGAUGUACUGUAUUCCAUUGAUAUGUUCAGAUCAUGCUUGUCUUUCUGUGGCGGUGCGCUGGCCGGAGUGGGACUUUGUGGACAUGUUGAACACCAACAAAGGGCGUCAAGACCUCAAUGCAUAUGAAAUGUCAAUGUGACUGCACUGGCUGGCCGAAGAAGGUCUAUUGUGUAUAUGUCUCUUCAAAUUAAUUCAUUAAAUGGCUGGUUUUUC